CACCCCUCAACGAUGUACCCUCAACGACUAGAUUCUUGCAGACACCAUUUCUCCACUGGACUGGAGAUGUUCGAGAACCAAGAUGUCCCUGCUUGGUGGUGACGCCGCCGACGAUGAUAUUAUCGCCAUUACCUCAACUCAAUUAUCGGACGAAAGCGAAUCCCUAUCUGACCCCACCAUCUCUCCAGCAUCCUCGCGAGAGAGCAUACGAAGCCCUGAAGACACACAAAGUACACAGCGAGUUGAUACCCUUAUUGAUCCCGACAACGAAGACGAUGACGAAGACGAAAAUGAAGAUGAAGACGGCAAGAUUGAGGCAGACGAAAACUCCCGUCCCAAUCGCUUCGCGGGGAAGCCAUCUACAUGGAAAGGAUACACAGCGGCGGAGAGAAACCUAGCAGCUUCGUUAGACCAACUAGAGUCUGGGGAUCUUGCGGCACAUCUAUACAAUGCUCACGCCCUGAAGCGAAGGGUACGAUUACCUCCAAGCCGGCUCAGAGAGGUUAAGAACUGGCAUGGGAAGGAUCAGUGGAUGAAAAAGGGUGAAGAUUUGCAAUAUACUGAUGAUCUGGAAGGGGUUCAGUCAGAAUUGGUGCCGUCUAAACGUUGGACAUCAUGGCCACUGCCAGCAGAGAGAGUGGCCGCGCCGUCGGAGAGGUUUGGACGACGGAAACCGGAAGAAGGAGGGGAUGGAUGGGUCAUUGGAGGCCUGGGAGAACAAAGAGUCGGGGAUGAAUUGAGGGAGGAAAUACUGGCCAACUUCCUACGCCUCGCGAAAGAGAAAUGGGAGGGCAAGGAAGCCCAGGAGUUCACCCAAGACAGAGCAGAUGCUGGGCUGAAGUUGAGAUUAAGGUCACAGUCUGGGACUAUUAGAGCGGAACAGCCAUCUUAUUCUCAUGAUGAGGAGAAAGAUACUACGUCAGAUCUCGAAAUGCAGGGUAGUGCCGAUCUCAAGCUAGAUGAGAACUCAGCAGUGCAACGAAAGUUUGGGCGUAUACCAGGGAAGAGAAAGAGUGGUGCGGCGGUUCUGCCUGUGAAACUUGCAUUACUUGCUGAUGAUGAUAAGGCGCGUCGCAUCCUGCAACCUACGAUCAACUCUCUGCUCACCCAGGUGGAAAGGCUCGCCACGGCGGUGCAUCGAACGCGGAUGAAUCAUUUCGGCAGGGGAGCAUCCAGCGAUACAUCAGGGAGCGAGGUGAUGACAGACAGAGAUUCGAAAUCUCCGGGUCCAAGAUCCGGAUCCAGAUCCAGGUCCAGGAGCGCAUCGCUCAAGAGAGUGGGCAUUCAAGAGUCGUCUCGCGCGACCUCUAUACCUAAAACUGGGAAACCAGUUCGACGACGACGGAAACGGUCGUUCUACGACAGCGACUCUGCUUCUGAUUAUGCCCGGGAUCACGAAACCGAGAACAUAAUUGAGACCGGGCCCUCUCUUAACCCUGCAUCGAACCGAGUACGCGGAAAAUCUAGAGGUCUUGAUACAGAUGACGAUUCCUUCAUGAAUCGAGAGGCUUCUGUGCAGACUGGGCUCCUUGACUGGAGUGAAAUCCUUGGACUGGCAGCAAUGACCGGCUGGAACGAAAGAGCUGUUGUUAGAGCCGCCCAGCGUUGUUCUACCCUAUUUGGCGAAGGCAUGGCAUUCCGUCCAUUCAACGAAGGUCUAGCAUCGAAACCCAUGGCGGACCCCGUCCACUAUACAACUGCUACGAUACCCGGCCCAGAUAUGUUAGGGGUCUCGACCGCCUGUAAACGUCCUUUCUUUGCUCAAAGCACCCUCCGAUGCCCUCACACCGAUUGCUUUGGCCACACAAAGGACUUCAAAAUACCGUAUCGGGUUGUGGAGCAUGUCAUGCGUAUUCAUGGCUAUGAUCCGCGCACAAAUGACUCUGAUAAUGAAGAGCGGAAACUCGGUGGCGUGCAUACAGAUGGUUUUCUACAGCCCAUUACUGCAAAACAAGGGUGGCUUGGUCAAGGAAGGCCAAAGUCAACAGAUGGAAAGGAACGGUGGAAGAAGAGGAAUAAUAUGCAGAGGGCGGAAUCUUCACCUGCCGCGGUUGAGGGUUUGCCAACAUGAACAGACAGAUGAUAGGAUCUAUUUUCAUAUCAGCGUGAUGCCUUACGCAGUAAAGGAUAGAAUGAUCUGACUUCAUACGGAUAGCAGAGCCUGGAGAAUUAAGAAGCAGUAUGCAUAUUCUU